UGCAGAACCAAUUACAUUGACGGAUUGAAACAGAUUUAGAUAGUUCAUGGCCUCGCCUUCGCUUUGACACACCAGUGUGAUUGUAUUUCGAGGAAAAGGUAUUCAGCAUCCUUCGUUUUUUUUUCUUAAAAAUGUAGUAAGUAACUCGAAAUAACUUGACAAUGAAUGCAGACGUAGAGUUCCAUAUUCGCCACAACUACCCUUGGACUAAGCUACCAUUGAAUAUAAAGCAGGCCUCCGACUCUUAGGCAUUGGAAGAAACCAGUACAUUGAGCUUAUGAAUCAAUGCAGAUCUUCAAAAAAAUUCUUCAGAAAAAAAUCCGCAAAGGAUUUGGUGCCUUUGCAGCCUAUAGACAUCAACAUUGAACCUUGGUGGACUGUUCAGGCAGGGUACAUCACUGAGGAAGAUGUUAAAACUUGUUCACAGGUAAUGAAGGAAGCUAUAGAUUUUAUCAUAGAUGGUGGAGGCCAGCAGGCAGGAACCAUGGAAUGUAAAACCAUUCACAAACUAUAUAAAAAGGGUCUUAUUUAUUUAGACUGCCCAAUUGCAGAUGAUGAUUGUUUUAUAGUCCCACCAUUGGAAGGGUUUGUUAUGAACAGGGUGCUAGGAGACUACCUUGAGACCUUGCUGUACAAGAUAUUUGUGUCUAUUGAUGAGCAUACCAGUGUAGCAGAGCUGGCCAACGUACUUCAGAUAGAUUUACCACUAGUGAAAAAUGCAGUGUCAAUGUAUUGCCGUCUUGGUUUUGCCAAGAAAAAGAACCCUGAUUUACCUGAAGAACUCAUGGACCCAAGCUGGCAGGAAGCAGACAGACCCAAACGGUCCACUGGCACUGAAGAAAAAAUGUUGAUUGACUGGAGCUCUGCUAUAAAUGAGCAACAGCCUCCAUCUGAGACCUCCUCCACUACCAGCCUAGAGGGAGGAAUAGAUGCCAACAGUCUGAUGAAUGCAGGACAUUCAAAGCGGAUUGGUUUUCUGUUUGACUCAACAUUGACUGCAUUUCUUAUGAUGGGGAACUUGUCUCCAGGUUUGAAGAGCCAUGCAGUUACAAUGUUUGAAGUGGGAAAACUCAACGAUGAGUCACUGGACAGCUUCUUAUCAGAACUAGAUAAGGUUAAUGCAUCAGCUGAAGGAGAAGCACAGAGGUACUUUGACCAUGCAGUAACUUUGAGAGACACCAUCAAGUUUCUGAGGUACAACAAGGAGCUUUCCCCUGACCCAGAGUUUGGUAGUAUGGGGCUGGACCUCAUUAGAUGUGAGAGCUUGUUAGGAUUGGAUCCAGGCACAUGUUCAAGAGUUCUCAAUAAAAAUUACAGUUUGCUGGUUUCCAUGGCACCACUGAGUAAUGAAAUCAGACCCAUUAGUAGCUGCUCUCCUCAGCAUAUAGGGCCUGCUAUCCCUGAGGUGAACUCUGUGUGGUUCAAACUGUUCCUGUACCACAUCACUGGCUGUGGUCCACCUUCCUUGUUACUAGUUAAGGGAACCAGGUUGAAGAGGCUGCCUAAAGUUUUUCAGGAAUACGACCGCCUGCUGGUGACCACAUGGGGACAUGAUCCAGGGGUGCUUGCCACCUCUAACUUGCUGUUGACACUAAACGAUGCCUUGACACACUCUGCUGUACUGAUACAGGCACAUGGAUGGCUGGAUGAAGGAAUGACUGUACAUGUGCCUUUCCCAUUGGAAAAGGAGGGUAAAAGAGGGCUGUUCAGUAAGGAGAAUGUAGAGGCUCACUUUGCUGUCCAAGAACUUGCUUCCAAAAUAGACUUGUCACACUCUUGUGGAUACGUCACACUCUUGAAAACUGGCAAACCAGAAAAAACUGGUGCUGAUUUAAAGACAAAGGCACAACAUGUUGAACAGGAUGGUCCAGAAAAUGGAAUCAAAGAUUCUUCAGCAGCAGACACAUUGGCUUUUGAAUUAGAUUCUCUAGGAAAUGAAAGUAGUGAUACGAGGAAAGAAGAACAGCUUACAUUGGAUUUGAAUGCUACUUUAGAUGGUUCUAAUACUGCAGAGCAUUUUGGUGAUGAAAAUGAUUGGAUGAUAUUGGAUUGUUGCUUUGGACUGCCAUUGUUUGACUCACAAGUGAAUAAAGAUGUCUGCGCUAGAAUAAUAGAACAUGCAAUAUGUGAUCCGAAUAAUUUAACCCAGUUGUUGCAUUCCAGCAGAAAACUGAGCCUCCAGUUACUGUCUUUUAUCAAUGAAUACCAGGACUCCUUAACAGACAAUGGAGACAGUGGGUUAACAAAACAAGAACAUUCUCCAGUUCCUCAACCAACAAACUGUCUUCUCUUCCUUGAUGGAAAUUUGAGCACAUGGGAACUUGGCCAAUGAUAUAUUUUCUUGGCAUUGCCAUAGAAUCUGUGCAGAUAAUGUAAUUUGUAAUUGUUUUUAAUUGUAGAUACUGUUCGCAAGGAUGUCAUAAGCAUGCUGAAUGAUAAUUGAGCAAAGUUUUUUAAUCUGACAAAAAAACCUACAUGGGAAGAGUAUCUGAACAUGUUUUAUUAUUGAUUUGAUUGAAAGUUAUUCAUUGUUCAAAACUUAUGUGCCCUAGCAUGAUGCAAGUUUGAUUAUUUAAAUACAAAAAAGUGCAUUUGCCAUUAAUAAAAAAGCAAACAGAUCUAUGAUGAAUAUUUUAUGUAACUCUUAAAUUGUAUUUGAAAAUUGAUUAAGUAAAAGUAAAUUGUUUUAUUUGUAUGUUGAGCUUGUAUCUGCAGCAUCUAAUCUGCAAUUCUAUUUGAAUGUGUAGUUACUUACAAGGCACUCAACAAUUACCUGGUACAUAUCUAUAAAAAUGGUAGAAUAAAGUCAUAUAUUCACGUAGUGCACAUGGAUAAAAUUAUAAAGUGCAUUAAACAAUGUUUUGCAGUACUUUUGAUGUAUCAUUCAUAUUUUUCUGAAUUCUCUAGAAAUGUAGCAAAAAUGAUUUUUUUUCACUUAUAAGUAUGGAACCAUAGAUUGUAUUUGGUAAGUUGCUGUGAAUGUAAUGGAUUUUAGAACUUGGUUGUACACUCAAAUGGUGGAAGUAAACUAGCACAUCUCAUCUAGUCCUUGCUUAAGGGGCAGCUUAUGGGAGAUUUUUUUAAACAUAAAUCUGCCCUUCUUCAUACUUACGUCUCAUGGUGUGAUUUAUCAAUCUAGACAGUUUGAUAGCAAUUAUAGCUACAAGAAUUCUACAAAACUUUAUCAUAUUAUUUCCUAUAAUUAUAUCAGAGACAUUCUAAGCAGGGAAUUAUAUCGAAGGGAAUGGAUAUGGGAGGGGCGUGUGAUAAUUUCAAGCAGUAUCAUUGGUCCUUGUCAAUAGAGAGCUGUUACUUAGAUCCGAUAUAAUUCCCUGAUCUAAGUAACAAUUGUGCUAUCAUGACUGCACCUUCCAAAUGAAGUUUCUAAGGCCUUUUGCACAUUGAGGAGUAUACUUGUCUGUACUGAUAGUUCUUUGAGAGUAAUAUGUUAGUAAGUAAUCAGUAAUUGCCUUACAGGGGUGUUUUCAAGUACAGGGGGUUUUACAAGUCCUGCUGUUCAGUAAGUUUAUUGGCCUUGUUGAGUACAGUAUGUCUAUUUAGGUAAAAGCCAGGUCCUGUCAACACAGACUGUAUUGUCAAAGUACGCCACUCAGUGUGAAAGAGCCCAAUUUUUUAACAACAUUAGGUUGCAGAUGUUCUUGAAAAUAUGGUGGUAGUUAUAGGUGAAAUGGUGAAGUGCAAUUUGGUAUGUAUUUGUAUUAUGAAUGUUUGUGUUUGUUAAAAUGUUAAUUACUGUACAACACUUGCAUUUUUCUGUGAUUUUGUGUCUAAACUGAUCAAAUGUAUAGCUUAUUAUUAUUAUUAUCAUUUUAGUAAUGGUGGUAAGAUAUUAUGCUUGGGUAUUUCACAAAGCUUAUAUAUUGGCUUUUUUAGAAUUACUGUUAUCUAAAAGCUUACAUGAGAUGAAAAUGUUAGUUUAAUUUGAGAUUUGUAAACCAUUGUCAGAUGUAAUUGAAUGCAGAAGUUGGAAUUAAUAUGACAGUUUACUAGUAUAGAAACAUUUAAAUAAGCAAGUGAAUAUUGGGUGUACGUAUAAGGUGGGAUUAACAGUUACAGCAUACCAUCAUGUUUCAAGAGCAAUAAUGUUGAACAAAUGUAAUUUCUUGAAGAAUGCCAUCAGUUGAAGUUAUUCUGGCAGUGUUGGAACAGGUUACAUGUACAUAUUUGGGUACUACAUGUACGUGUUGCUGUCAUUUUGCAGGCACUAGUGUGUUUGUGGCCAGGUUUCAAUGUUUAGUUUGGUGAUCGGAACCUUUUCAGUGGUUUUGAAUUCAGUUCAAGUUCUAAACUUAAAUAAAUUGUAUUAGAAAAAAAUCUUAGUUGUUAAAUAAU